AUGGAGGAGUACGAGCGACUCGGGCAUAUGAAGCGUGUACCGCACGACGCAGACGCGUCAUCUCAACACGUUUACAUUCCGCAUCACCCCGUGAUUCGCGAAAGUAGCACCACCACUCGGUUACGGGUCGUUUUUAACGCGUCGAAUCCGACGAGCAACGGCACGUCGCUGAAUGACCACUUGCUAACCGGGCAAAAGUUGCAGACCGACUUAGCUGCCAUUCUACUAAGAUGGAUGCUACCUCGAUACGUGUACUCCGCCGACAUUACAAAAAUGUAUCGUCAAAUCGAAAUCGAUCCUCGUGACGUCAACUAUCAACGAAUCCUAUGGUUCGAUCGCGAAUCUCGAACCAUCAUCGCGUUCAUUCUGUUAGUCCUAACGUACGGAACGGUUAACGCUCCUCAUGAUGCGCUUCGCGUUCUGGAACAACUAGUUCGGGACGAGGGAGGCUUAUUUCCGUUGGCGGUUCCGGUGAUUCGAAAGGGCCGGUAUAUAGACGACUUUCUCUUCGGAGCGGACGACAUACUGCUACUUCGUCAGACGCGCGAUCAAGUAUGCGCGUUACUAAGUCGGGGGCGGUUCGAAUUACGUAAGUGGGCGAGCAACUCUCCGCAACUUCUGGCCGACAUUGACGUCGAAAAUCACGGAUUAGCGUGUUCGAAAACAUUGCAAGCCGAUGAGCAACUGAAAGUGCUCGGAAUAAGCUGGAAGCCUGCCCUCGACGUGUUCCAAUUCGACGUUUCGCUCCCUCCGUCCAUUCCAAAGACCAAAAGAUCCAUUCUAUCCUUGGUAGCGAAAAUCUUUGAUCCGUUAGGGUGGGUCACGCCCGUGACAGUAAACGCAAAGAUCUUUCUGCAACAACUCUGGCAGGCGAAAGUGGACUGGGACGAAGCCAUCGCGGACGAUCUUCUCGCGCAGUGGAAGACGACUCACGCAUCCCUGGCGACGAUCAAUGGUCUUCACGUAGACCGUUGGGUACGAUACGGUUCCGACACGGCGAACUGCAAACUUCACGGCUUCUGCGAUGCCUCCACCACCGCGUUCGCGGCCGCAAUUUAUAUUCGCGUCACCUCCGUUACAGGCGAGACCACUUCCAGGCUGCUCAUCGCCAAGUCAAAAGUCGCUCCGAUCAAAUCUUUAAGUAUUCCUCGGUUGGAAUUAUCUGCUGCCGUUUUAUUGGCUCGGCUGUUAGAAUUCGUGCGAUCAUCGCUACAACUGACUACCAUACCUUGCUUCUGCUGGACGGACGCUCUCGUCGUGCUAGCAUGGGUGACUCAACACCCUUCAAAGUGGAAAACUUUCGUUGCUAAUCGCGUCUCAGAGAUACAAUCCCGCGUCCCGUUCGCUACCUGGAGACACGUGCCAACCGAAGAUAAUCCGGCCGACUGCGCUUCUCGCGGCAUUCUUGGAUGCCAUCUCGCGUCCCACCAUUUGUGGUGGCAGGGGCCUUUGUGGCUGAGACGUCCUACGAUUGAGUGGCCCGCUCAACGCGAACCGUCGUCUCACAAUCCGACACUCAAACAAAACUCGCGCGUCACCGCGCACAUAGUCAAGCCGGUCGAAAAGUGGGAUUUAGCGGCGCGAUACUCGUCGUGA